AUGACAGCUACUUACCAUCAACCACUUCAUACCAUCUUACCCGAUCAACAUGGCAUUGAAUGCAUCGUAAAGGUUAUAGAUAUUCUGGUUACUAUCGAGAAAUUACAUGAGUCAUCCAACACUCUCAUUCAAGUAUCCGAAUAUAUUGUUGAAUGGGAACCAGAAGACGUUAUUCAUCUUAAAGAUGCCUAUACGCAGGUCAUUCAAGGUUCUUUGAGACUUGUUGGAACAGCAACACUGAGCAGCACAAAAGCUCCUUCUUUUAUUCCCGUGGAGAACAACUUUUCACUUGUCAACUUUGUCAGAUCAGUUUAA